AUGCCGUCUAACUCCACCCCCAUGCAAGAUUCCAUCCCUUUUGAUCGGAGGCUAGCCGAGGCCCGACGCAUACUACAGAAGUAUCCCGACAGAGUACCUGUGAUAGUGGAGAAGGCUGAGCGCUCAGACCUUCCUGAGAUCGAGAAAAAGAAAUUCCUCGUCCCGGGAACUAUGCUGUGUGGGGAGUUCAAGUAUAUAGUACACAAGCACAUCACACAAGCUGUUGAGAAUGGCCAUGAACGGGGAAUUCAGGGAAUCUCUGCUGAGCAAACCAUCUAUUUAUUCGUUAAGAAGAGAACCCCACGGACGGGUUCGAUGAUGUCGGAGUUGUACGAUGCUCAUAAGGACGAGGAUGGCUUCCUUUAUCUCACCUAUUCAGCUGAGAACACUUUAGGGGGCAGGGCUGUGUGA